AUGCCGCUUUACAGUGAUGAUGUUCAGUUGCAUUCAGCACUGCAGAACUUAAAAUCUGUGUUUUUAGAGAGAGGUUAUAACAGUCGAGAUGCUGAUAGAUACAUUAAUGAAGCUUGGGAGACUAAACAUGAUCGCUGCAAACCCUAUUUUGGAGAUGUGGAAGUUAUGGGAUCUCUUGAUGUUACUGAAGCGGGUGGCAUGUAUGUAUUUCAGCUUUUUGACUACUAUGCGGCCAGUGGAGUUUGCCUCCUUUGGGUAGCUUUCUUUGAAUGCGUUGCAGUAGCUUGGAUUUAUGGUGCCAAUAAGUUCUAUGAUGAUAUUGAGGACAUGAUUGGUUACCGACCAAUUGGCUGGAUGAAAUGGAGUUGGACAGUUAUCACACCUAUCCUAUGUGCAGCCUCUUUUAUCUUCUCAUUAUCCAAAUAUCAGCCACUGACAUACAACAAAACAUAUAAAUAUCCAGCUUGGGCAGAUGGAACAGGGUGGAUCCUAGCUUUAUCAUCUAUGAUCUGCAUCCCAGUGGUUGUGGCCAUCCAUGUGUUCAGAUCACAAGGAACUCUGUCUGAGAGGCUGAAAGCAUUAACAGCUCCCAGACUGGAAGGAGCCUCAGAAGAAUAUGAGAGAAGUGAGGCCUUUACCAAUGGUACAAUGAUGAAGCAUACUGAUGAUUUCAUUGUAAAACAGACCUUUAUGUGAAAAAGUUGUCUGAGUACAAGCCUUUUAUAUCUAUGGUUUAAUAAUGGUAGAAUAACUUUUAGGACCAGGUUUACACUGUCAAGUAGCACUUUUGAUUUAUAUUAGUCGAAUCACAAAUUAUCUUUUUAUUUCUUAGUCAAUAUAUUGUUUUUGUCCAAAAGUGAGUGAUUUUAUAGAUAUUUGUAAUGCAAAUGAUAGCAUCAGAUUUGUAAAGCUUGCAGUCUUGAUGAUUAAAUUUGCAAUCUGUUAUUAAAUUUGAAAUGAUGCAACUCAUGUUCCCUUAGGAAUUCCUUAUAAGGAACAAGACUGAGUAAAAUCUUUUUCUUAAUUCCUUUUAUAAAGCCAAGUACAAAUUUCUUAUCAUACAUAGUUUAGUGGAUUUUUUUUGCUGUAUUUUUGCACUUAUGCCUGUUGACCAUAAAGAUUCCCCUCAGCAAGACAGUGCCCAUUUUUUUCCUCCAGUCUGGGAAUAUUAAUGUGAGCCAAUGGAAGAGCUCUCCAAGAAAGGGCCUUCAUUCAGGCAGCCAUGACACUGCUUUGUGUUCACUGACAUCCAAGUGAUAGGAGCAUUUUUUAUUAAUUACUUAACUGUCACACCUUGGGUGGUGUGAUGAGGAAACUCUUUCACCAUGGUGGACACAAUGCCCUCCCUUGCAAGUACACACUGCUGCACACUCAACCUGAAGGCUACCACCCAUCAGUGGCUUGGUGAGAAUAGCAUUCACUCCCAGGCUACCCCUCUGCAUCUCUGUUCCUCCUUCAAGGGAUAAUGCAAAUGUCUAUGUCCACUCCACUUCAGCAGCAGCAAACAAUGCAGGGUGAAUUAUACAAAACAACUUCUAUAAUAUUACUGAUCAUAGGAGAUUACUAGGUUAAUGGCCCCAGGGCCUAGCCAAGUUCAACCUGUGUUUCCAAGGGUAUCUGGUACAAGCAGACACUAAAAUCAGAAACUGUUGCCCCUGUCCAAGAGGGACACAGGUGGAACCCCUGGAUAAAUUAGUACCAGGCUAACUGUCCUUGUGAACCAUUCCAAGCCCAGCCAAUUAUCACAUAUGAGAAUCAAAGCCUCCACCUUGUACAUGUAAGGUGGAACCUUUAACCACUAUGCCAACCUUCCAUCCUUUAAAGUCUAAGCAUGCAUUCACUAGAAGAAACACUAUUUCAAUGUGUUUUCUAUAAAUAUACAUGGUACUCUUGGCUCUGUAUCAGAAAGAGACAUAGCUGAAAACAGCAGUCAUAAUAUAAUUCAGUUUACAAUAGUGGCUUCAGUCUGUUACUGUGAUAUUGGAAAGAAAUGGAAUCAUAUAAAAGCCAAAUUUAUUUCCUUAUGGGAACAGUGCCUUCAUUUACUGGAUAGGCUUUCUAUGGGAUACAUUAUCUUCAAUAGGUAUGGAUUAUCUUAAAAGCUAUACCUAAGAUGCUAGUUCUUAAGGUUUGCUCUUAUGACGUAAAAGAAAAAAAAAGAGUUAAAGCAGUCCAUUCUGGGUUUAAAAUAAAAAGGAGAUUAUACUAUCUGCUGAGAUUUAAAUCAAGUGCAUCUUUUGAUUUCUGUAACAAACUUUAUUAAGUCAUGGAAAGAAAAAGAAGCAUAAAAUUGUAUUUAAAUAAUUACACAACAAGGUUAAGGAUAAUAAAAAUAAUGUUUUUAUAUUUAUAUAGAACUAGAAAUGUUAUGUGCCAGUUAAAUGUACUUUUUAUGGACAAUAAGGCUAUAGUUGAAAUAGUCUCUUUUUGUUAGAUAAUUUUAAUAACAUGGUAAAAGCAGCUCUGUGUCAUUUGAAUGCUGUUUUGAGUGAAUCACAAAUGUUUAUAUACAAUUGACUGAAAACUGAUUUGACUGAAUUACAAUAGAAAACUGAAGACAUCUGUAGACAGUAUGUGAUGGUGUUGUCUGUGAUCACAGGUGUUUUUAUGGAGGUGCGUUUAAGAGUAUGUGCAGCUUGGCAGUGCUCACCAUUAUGUUGUACCCUCAGGUCUGUAGAGGUUUUAUUUGUGCACCAGCACUGACUCAAAUCUGUGUGGUUUUCUUUCUUUCAUUUAUGGUUCUACAACCAUGGAAUUAGUAUAUAUAAGUAAUGGGGGGUGUAGGUGGUCUACCUCCACUCCUCCCACAAAAUCAUUUUGUAUUGUAUAUUUGUUAUAUAGAAUUUUUCUGUCAAUUUUGAUUAAACCAAAUUCAUUUUCAGUCA